AUGGAGGAGCAAGCUGUGAUGUUGGAGAAGGUGUCAUGGUCUAUAGACAUGAAACAACGAUUCGACGAUGAACUGUGCAAAAUUCGAGAAAUAAGACGUCAAAAAAUAGAACUUGCUGAUCAGAUACCAGAAGAGCCUCCUGUUGACCAGCCAGAUACUGUUCAUGUAAUGAUUAAACUUCCAGUGGGAACAAGAUUAGAGAGAAGAUUCCAAAAAAAUCAUUCUCUCAAAUAUUUAUAUUAUUUCAUCUUCUGUCAUGACGAAUCACCAGAUUUCUUCCAAGUAGUGACAAAUUUUCCUAGGAAAGUUCUACCUUGUCAACCAACUCCAGAUCAACCAGAUCCACCAACAUUUGCACAGGUUGGGUUAGGAAGAUCAGAAAUGUUGUUUGUUCAUGAUCUUGAAGCAUAAACUCUAUUUAAAAAUAGUGUGAUCUAUUUUGAACAUUGGGAUUAAAUUUCCAUCUCUUGAUAUCGAAGUCUUCACUGGAGUUUAAUAGACAAUAAAAAUAUUCUUAAAUACAUCCUGAAAUAAAAAAAAAAUUUUUUCUAUGGGUUGGUGGAAUUAAGAGGAAAGAAGUUUUAUUUUAAGUUUUACAUCAGGUUUUUAGAAAAAUAAUUGAAGCAAUUUCUUUAAAUAAGUUUGAAGUUAAACUUCAAAAUUAAACAAUUUCAAAGUUUGAAAUAAUGGAUAAAAUUAAG